GAGGUGGGCUUGCCCUGCAGGGCCUGGCGGGCGGCGGCGGGCGCCACGCGGGGACCGGACUCGGGGACGCAGGGUCUCUCACACAGUGUGAGCCGUCUCCUGCCCACAGUGAGUGGCGAAAGAAACUCACCCCAGAGCAGUUCUACGUCACACGAGAAAGAGGAACCGAACCGCCUUUCAGUGGGAUCUACCUGAAUAACCGCGAGUCAGGGAUGUACCACUGUGUGUGCUGUGACAACCCGCUCUUCAGCUGUGGUGUCACGGAUGUCGUCCACAGUUCUGAGAAAAAGUACUGCUCCGGCACCGGGUGGCCCUCGUUUUCUGAGGCUCAUGGCACGUCUGGCUCUGAUGAAAGUCACACAGGCAUCCUGAGACGACAGGACACCUCGCUGGGAGUGGCUCGCACAGAGGUUGUCUGCAAGCAGUGUGACGCUCACCUCGGCCAUGUGUUUCCUGACGGACCUGGGCCUACUGGGCAGAGGUUCUGCAUUAACAGCGUGGCCCUGAAGUUCAAGCCCAGCACACAAUGACCUCAGGAGCCCUCUCUCUUGCCACCCGUUGGUGUACCUCCUCCAUGUUCAUAACGCACAUGCCCAUCUCACCUUAUUCACUAUACAACAAGGCUAAGUUUGAGGCUGGCACUGAGUUGCACCUUCUUUUCAUUUAUUUACCUGGAAUCAGCUCUACCCUGACUCCCUCGUGGACUGUGGAAUUUCACAAAGUGACCUAGGGUGGUGUUUCCAUCCACCUGACAUCCUCGGGCUUUGGACUACAGAGCAUGACUUUUUGGGGAUGCCAGGGGGCCAAUGGACUAGUAAGCCACAAACUCCCUACAAAACUACCCUGGACUUUCCACUGUGGGUAAGUCAUUCUUGGUCAUAGUCAGGUGAGGGAUCAACUGAAAAGAGGAAGGAAAGGUGAGACCAGAGGAGUCAAUAACCCAGCAAUGAACUCUAGAGCUAUGAGAAUGAUCAAUGAGAAAUGUGAUUUUU